AUGUUGUCCUUACGCCAAACCAUGAGAUUCAUGGGCCCUACCACAAGAUUUAUGGGUCCUAGCACAAGAGCGUUCUCGUCUCAGAGGACCUUGCUGCAAAAGCAGGUCACCAAGACCGCCACAAAGCUAUCGGAGGUCGAUGGUGCAUCCACCUUGGUCGGCCCCGGUGCAAAGGAAGGCGAAGUCCCUACCGAACUAGAACAGGCCACAGGUUUGGCCAGAUUGGAACUUUUGGGUAAAUUAGAAGGUAUUGACAUUUUCGACACCAAGCCCCUAGACGCAUCCAGAAUCGGUACCAUGGAAAACCCUAUUGUGGUCGACACCUACGACGACUACCGUUACGUUGGCUGCACCGGCUCCCCAGCUGGCUCCCACACUAUCAUGUGGCUCAAACCCACCGUGAACAACGUUGCCAGAUGUUGGGAAUGCGGUUCUGUGUACAAAGUGAACGCUGUGGGUGUCCAGACCGACGACGACCACCACCAUUGA